AAUAUCUUGGGCGGUCGGGUUCACUCCACAGUUUGAAACCCUUUAUAUAUCCCAAUCUCUGCUAAACCCUAACUCCGACCUUUCUGUGGGCCUGCUCCUUCUGUAGAGGUGGAACAGGAGAAGAGAGAAAAAAAAUCUAUAUCAGACCCUGAGAUGGCAUUCUACAAUAGAAUUGGAAACCUUGUCAGGCAGAACCUGACCAACUCUGCACUCUCCAAUGGCCGAGUGGAAUCAAUAUCCAUGCUAAAUGCUGUCCGCUUCAUGUCUACAAAGUUAUUUGUCGGAGGGCUUUCCUUUGGAACUGAUGACCAAUCACUGAGAGAUGCCUUUGCCAGUUUUGGUGAUGUUGUUGAAGCGAGGGUUAUCACAGACAGAGACACUGGGAGGUCCCGAGGCUUUGGGUUUGUGAACUUUGAUAAUGAUGAAGCUGCUAGCACUGCUUUAUCCAGCAUGGAUGGUCAGGAGCUGCAGGGACGUAGCAUUCGGGUGAGCUAUGCUAAUGACAGACCAAGUGUGGGAUUUCGGGGUGGCUUUGGUGGUGGUGGUUAUCGUGGUAAUGAUGGGGGAGAUGGUUACUGAGCUUAAUUUUCAUGCCAUCUCUGGAUUCUGCUAUCUCUUCUCUCAGGCUUUUUGUCUCGUGGAUUUUUUUACUUGGUAUGUUUCUUGUGAAACAUAACUUUUCAUAGUCGUGCCUCAGGCUUUUUGUCUCGUGGAUUUUUUUACUUGGUAUGUUACUUGUGAAACAUAACUUUUCAUAGUCGUGCCUUAUAUAUAGGAACAGACUGUUAAGUUCUUCUUCAUGCUAGUUAAAAUUUUAAAGGCAACCACUUUCCACUGGAGAGUGCUCGCUUCUAACUGGA